AUGGGAAAAAAGGCACCGGCAAAUGUCAACAAAAACAAAGAAAAGCGUCAAGCACGGAAGCUUGAACAACGUCGUAUUGCGGAUGGGAUGUCUCAUGUAACUUUAGCUAACAAAAUAAAAGACCUAGCGUCGCUGUGCAAUGAGCUUUUAGUCUACCGGAAUAAAGACCUCGAAGUCGAUAUGUACAUGCAUCGAGUCACUGAACUUGACAAAAAUGUUCUCCAGUGGGCUAUAGACUUGACUGAAAGAAAUAUGAAACAAUUAUAUGCUACAUGUGCUUGGGGUUGGAAUAAGGAGCGCAAAGUGGAGGAGAUGACAGAUGAAAGUGCAUGGUAUUUAAUUGCAAAAGAAAAGAAUGGAACACUUCUAGCCUUUUCCCAUUUCAGAUUUGACAUGGACUUUGGAGAUCCUGUUUUGUACUGUUAUGAGGUUCAAGUAGAGGCCGGUGGUCGUCGCCAAGGACUGGGACAGCGGGUUCUGUCUGUGCUCGAGAAACUUGCGCAUGCCACCCACAUGCGCUAUGUACGUCUUACUGCCCUCACACACAAUCCUUCCGCGUCAGCCUUUUUCAAAGCUUGCGGAUACAGUUUAGACGAAACUAGCCCAUCCAAAGAGGAAGCAGCCCACUACGAGAUCUUGAGCAAAUUGACUGGCGCUCCUCAGGAAGAGACCUUACAGUCUGAAGACAAGUGUCCUCUGAGUGACGGCAUGCGCGCCGUGCAAGUAGACCAAUGA